AUGAUACCGAGGCGAGAAGAGCUCGUCGAGACGACACCGCUCAGUCCGCGUGUUAGCAAUGAGUCGGACGUGAGCGAAUACCUACACGGAGAGGACUUUCUGGACAGCCCGGCGAGCGAAGUCAGUCAGUGGACCGAAGGGGGGAAGGGGCCCGCGAGUGCUUGGACAGCAAAACUGAGGCAUGCCGUGGGCAUAGCGCUCCUACUCGCGACAGUGCUGUUAUGGACAGCGAGUAAUUUCCUCGCCAGUACGAUAUUCGCAGACAACUCGUAUUCAAAGCCGUACCUAGUAACCUACGUAAACACGACCUUCUUCGUCAUACCCCUAAUCCCCAUGUUCGUCCACCACCUAUGGGUCGACCGUCACCGGCCCAGCGCGCGCCAACCCGGACAGCCCCUCACAGCGCAUGUACGCGAUCUCCUGCAGCGACGAGCAGGCAAAUGGAAACUCCUCCGUGAACACGAAUCCCGCUCUUCGUCGCGGGCCUCCAACAAAAGCCGCAACGACGAAGCCGCAGAAGUCCUCUUAUCAUCCUCGCUACAUACAUCGCAGGACUCGCGCGAGGCGCCACACAAGGAGCACGAAGCAGACGAAGGACUAACAUUACAAGACACAGCCAAACUAGCCCUAGAAUUCUGCCUCCUCUGGUUCCUUGCAAACUACUUCGCCGCCGCCUGUCUCGAAUACACGACCGUCGCCAGCUCCACGAUCCUAGCGUCUACCUCGAGUAUCUGGACGCUGCUCCUCGGCUCCCUCAUGCGCGUCGAGCGCUUCACCCUGCUAAAGCUCAUCGGCGUCUUGGCAUCGCUCGGCGGCGUGGCACUCAUUUCCAUGGUCGAUGUGUCUGGCGAAACGGACGAAAACCGGGGUAGCUUCCCGCACAAGACGCCCCGCGAACUGGCUAUUGGCGAUGUCAUGGCGUUUGUGUCGGCCGCGCUGUAUGGCUUCUACACUGUGUUCAUGAAGGCAAAGAUUGGCGAUGAGACAAAGGUUAACAUGCCUCUUUUCUUCGGUCUCGUUGGGUUGAGUAAUGUUAUGCUACUCUGGCCUGGUUUCAUCAUCCUCCAUCUUACGGGUAUCGAGACGUUUGAACUUCCGCCUACAUCUCGCAUCCUCAAUAUCGUCCUCAUCAAUAGCGCCUCCUCGCUGGUAUCCGACUUUUGCUGGGCCUACGCUAUGCUUCUCACCUCGCCGCUCAUCGUCACCGUAGGUCUCAGUUUGACUAUUCCGUGCAGUUUGGUCGGGCAAAUGGUGCUGGAUGCGCAGUAUGCGUCUGCGUUGUAUUGGGUUGGUGCGGCCAUUAUGGUGCUUUCGUUUUUGUUUAUCAAUCAUGAGGAUCGCAAGGAUGAGGCGCAAGGACUGCAGAGUCAGGGCGCUGAUGGCGUGGUGACGGAUGCUAGGGGCAGCUUUCAGGGAUUACGGCAGAGUUUGGGUAGUCGACGGAAUUCCAGAUCGGAUGUUUGA